CGGACUGACAACUCAUGGGGCCCCCGGGCAAUAGGGGAUCAUGGGGCCCCUGUGUCCUUGCCCAAACUCAAAAAAGCCUAUGAAAAAGGUACCAGGGGCAUCUCAUGGGGCCCCCUACUGACCCCGGGCCCUCGGGCAGUGCCCGAGGGCCCCAUGAGUUGUCAGUCCGCCCCUGUUGUAACUCCUUCGUUGGCGCGUUUCACCUACAAUGUGGGCGUAGUUAUAGAACCCUGGAUGUAGUUUGGAAUAAAUGGUUCUAUAAUAUUAUCCAUUGUUUUCAAUGGCACCCGA